AAACUUUGACGGACACACCUAAGAAGGAAAGUGCCCAACCCAUAGUCCUCUCCCGACAGACCGACACCGCGACUGAAACCCCAAAUCCAGCCAAAUUUUGGCGGAAUCCCCGCUAUCUUUCGCAGUUCUCUGCCAAUUCAAAAAUCAAAUCCAGCUCCAUUCAUCCGGAGCAAUUAAAAAAAAUCCUAUAAAUCUUACCCACUUCACUCACACUUCUCACUGAACAAAUCAAAGCAGUCGGGGUUAGGGUUUUGAGCAAAAUGAAAGCUUCCCUCAAGUUCCGGGACGACCAGAAGCCACUUUUUAGGGCCAAAGUCCCACUUAGCAUCUUGGGAUUGCCGUUUCAGUCAGGAAUCGUCGCCGGCGAGUCGAAGGAACUCACUCUCAAUCUCGGUACUUUCUUCGAAUCCGGACCCUCGCUUAAGAUCUCGUACCGCCCCAACGAGACGUGGAACCCGUUCUCCCUCGUUGUUAAGACCGGAAUCGGGUCGUACGGCUCACCGAUCUCCAGCCCGAUGCUAAUGAGCGCCGAGUUCAAUUUGCUUGGGCGCGGGAACCCUAGCUUUAUGCUCCACUUCAAGCCUCAGUUUGGGGAUUUCUCGAUUAAGAAGUCGCAGUCCUCGAUGUUCGACAGGACGAUUACGUCUCCUAACGGCCUCGUUUCAGAGGACGAUGCGUCGAUCGAGGUAGUGGAAGGCCCGGCAAUGAACGGGGCGUUCUACGGCAAGAAAAUAACGGCUCUGACUUCCGAUUCGCCUUCCGGAACGAUCGUCAACGUGUUAUCUGGCAUGGAGGUGGCAGCGAAGACGACCUUGCCUGUGAGAGGGCGCGCUAUCGUGAAUUUCCGGUGGGGAGUUAGGGUUCCUGCGGAGCUGAAGAGUGUGGGUAGUAAUCCAACGGCAGGGAUUACGUUCCAGAAGAUCCCCUUCCUGGUGAUGAACAAGAUCGGGAUGGAACACGUGGACGGCGGGGAUUCGAAGAAGACAACUGCCAAAUCCAGCCCGGAUUUGACCCUUCCUGCGAAUGCUGACGUGGCGGAGGCCUGUUUUAUAGUGAAGCGGCAACUGGAGGUGUUGCAAGCCGAGAACGGGUCGUUGAAAAAAGCCGUGGAGGAACUCCGGCGAGAAUUCGCUGCCGGUACGAAAUCGGUAUCGACUGUUGGAGAGUCGUACUCGGGGAAAAACCGAGACAUGGAAAGAAAUGGAAUUAAAUCCGAUAGGCGAAACACUGAGAAGGAGGAGAAGAAGAAGGCGACGAUGGGAGCCACCGGGGCUUGAAUAGAAGUCCGUCCGUCCGAAACGGAUGGAAAGGUCGUCGACGUGUGGGGUUAGUUAAGUAAUUUAGUAGGCAUGGCCCUAAAGAUGCUGGUAAACUACAUAGUAUUUAUCAAUUUUGUGGACUUUUGGUUGGGAGGGAAUUUCGAAUAUUGUUAAUUUGGUAGUGUUUAUUGUUUUGGUUAGAGGCAAUGUCACAUGUGACAAACUUUGCAUAUGUAUAUGUAAAUUUUGUUUUGUUUGGCCAUGUAGUUAAAAAAAAAAAGAAAAAUACAUAAAUAAAAGAAACAUGCAUGGAGAGUGUGAAUA